AAAGUAAAAGUAAAACAGUUUUAUUAUAUAUAUGUAAUGUUUCUGGAUUAAUAUUAUUGCUGCUUUAAUGUUUAAUUUUAACUACUUUAUUUACUUCAGGAUUAUAUUUUAAAGGUCGAGUGUGAAACAUUGAGGAGGCAGAAAUAUAAUAUUUAUAUGUUUGUUUUAAUUAGUUUAAAAUCACCUGAAUAUAAGAGUAACAUUUUUCUACAGUCGACCAGAACGUUCGUUGUGUUUCACAGCGACUGUAGUUUCUCCUUCAGGGAGGGUGAAGCGGGGGAGUUGCAAUCUGCAACCACUAGACGCCACUAAGUCCUCCACGCUUUUCGUCACACGUCUCUACAUUUAUCUCCUCUUCCUCGCCUCCACCCAGCCAACAUGUCAGUCUCCAUGGCGACCGACUCCUACCCGUCCGUCGACUGGUCCGUGGUCUCCGUGGUGACCGUGACCCCGGCGGGAGCGAACGCCACGGGCUGGGAGCGCGACGCUGUUGUAGCGGUGGCGGAGGUGGUGGUGCUGGCUGUCAUCCUAGUGAUGGCGUUGCUCGGCAACGGGCUAGUGCUGGUGGUGUUGCUAAGGCGGAGACGACACAACAACCCUCUGCACCAGUUCAUGCUCAACCUCUGUCUGGCCGACCUGGUGGUGGCGCUGUUCCAGGUGUUGCCCCAGCUGGUGUGGGAUGCUAAGGGCCGUUUUCCCGGCCCGGACUUCCUGUGUCGGCUGGUUAAAUACCUGCAGGUGCUCGGGAUGUUCGCCUCCUCCUACAUGAUCGUUGCCAUGACGAUGGACCGGCACUACGCCAUCUGCUGCCCUCUGCUGGCGCACCGCAGCGGCGCCACCCAACGCUGGAACAGCUUCAUACUGCUCGCCUGGGGGCUGUCGCUGCUGCUCAGCCUGCCACAGGUUUUCAUCUUCUCCCGUUCAGAAGUGGCUCCAGGUGUCUACGAGUGUUGGGGACACUUCGCUGAGUCGUGGGGCCUCAAAGCCUACGUCACCUGGAUGACCGUAGCCAUCUUCAUCCUCCCCGUCCUCAUCAUCACCGUCUGCCAGGUUCGAAUCUUCAAGGAGAUCCACAACAAUCUGUACCUGAAGUCAGAGCGCCGCCUCUCCCCCGCCUCCCUCCCUCCCUCCAGACGGGACAGCCAGAGAGGAGGAGGAGGAGGAGGAGGAGGAGGAGGAGGAGGAGGAAGAGGGAGGUCCAGUCUCCCUCUGUAUGUUUCACCACUCAUGUUCAACAACCCAGUGAACCACAGCAGCUUUGACCCUGCUGGAUCCUCCUACCAGCACCUGCCUCUGGGUCCACUGAGGUCCAACAGCAUCCCUCCUCACUGCGAUAUCCACACCUACACCACCGUUCACCCAGCCGAGCUGCAGCCUGACAUUCUGCCCGACCCUGCGGCGCCCUCUGCUGUCUGCUGCCCGCCACACAAACCCCUCGCCGCCCGCGGUGGAGAGGUAUCGGCAGCCAUGUCGAAGACGGUGAGGAUGACGCUCGUCAUAGUGCUCGUCUACUCGCUGUGCUGGGCCCCGUUCUUCAGCGUCCAGCUGUGGGCCGCCUGGGACCCCGAACCGCCGCAGAACGGGGCAGUGUUCACCCUGCUGAUGCUGUUGGCCAGCCUGAACUCGUGCACCAACCCGUGGAUCUACUCCGCCUUCUCCAGCAGCGUCUCUCCGGAGCUCCGACUGCUGCUGCUCUGUCGCUCACACACACAGCGCCGAGGAUCGUUACCGAACGACUCCACCACCACACACACCUCCAACUACUGAACACACACACACACACACACACACACACACACAAAUACACAGCUGAGUUUGUAUCUGUACACGUUGAUUGUUGUAGUUUUGAGGAUCAAUCUCAUCUGUCUGUGAAUUAAAGGGACAGUUCACUGAUAUUAAUUAAUACAGAUUGUUUUGGCACCAGAUAACUCAACAGCAGAACUCAAGACCCUCGUUACUGAAGGUACUCCACAUUCUUGGUUGUGAGCAGUUUCACGGAGGAACUAUUUUCUUUCUCUACACCCGCCAACCGUAUCUGAACGUCAGCUCAGUGAGAUAAAACGUUACAGCUCAGUCGAAGACAACAUGAAACAGAAAUCAGAGUUAUUUUCUUCCACAUAUUUACGUAUUUCCUAUCAAUCUACAUCAGUGGUUCCCAACGUUCGUCCUUUAGGGACUCGUUUUAUAUCACAGCUCACUGACUCGGUGACAUCAUCUGUGUAAAACGAGUCAUUUCCUGUGAAUGGUACAUCAGAAAUUAGUUUUCCUGAUAUUUUUAGGAACUUUUUAUACAAAGCUGUGUCUGUAUCGUCUGUUUAAUUUUAUUUUAAAUAAUAUUAAUGAUAAGUUUGUGAUUCAAAGUUUAGUUCUUAAAUAAUCUAAACUUUAAAAAUAACAAUUUAAUUUAGUUUUCUUCACAGAAAUUAAUGAAAUGCUGAGAUAUCGGCCAACUGUGAAUAUUUUUUAAGUUUUCUUACAGUCCUUGUGACCCCUACUGGGGGUCCCGACCCUCAGGUUGGGAACCACUGAUCUAGAUGGUAUCAUUGAUUUUGGGGUGUACUGUCCCUUUAAGGUGAUAAACGUAAUAAGAUAAUGAAAUAUGAAGCUAACAAACAACCCGGAGUUGAUUACGAUUAGAAACAGGAACGUCUAAAGCUCACUGAUUAACACUUUAUAAUGAAUCGCACAAAAAGGGUGAAAACAAACAACAAUGUGUGGUUUUACGUCGGGUAACGUCGGGUAACGUCGGGUAACUUGAUGUAACAUGAGGUAACGUGGGGUAACGUCGGGUAACUUGAUGUAACAUGAGGUAACGUGGGGUAACGUCGGGUAACGUGGAGUAAUGUGAGGUAAUGUGGGGUAACAUGAGGUAACUUCGGGUAACGUGGGGUAACGUGGGGUAACAUGAGGUAACGUCGGGUAAUGUGGGGUAACAUGAGGUAACGUCGGGUAAUGUGGGGUAACAUGAGGUAACGUGGGGUAACAUGGGGUAAUGUCGGGUAAUGUGGGGUAACAUGAGGUAACGUGGGGUAACGUGGGGUAACAUGAGGUAA